AGGUCGCAGCCACCUUUGAUACAGCGCAUGGUAGGUCAUAGUAAAGUCAUGGAGCGGCCAGAGAUCCGUGCUGUAGCAGUCGCAGCGGCAGCCGCAGGUGCUUUAGCAAUGAGCCGUGCUGAGGCUUUCACCGCCAUCCGAAGCCCAUCAAUUUCCCAUGGUCGAAGUAGCGCAGGACAUGCGGCAACACGCGCAGGACAGGCUGAGCCAGCACCUAGAGCUGAGGCCUCACCCCGAGCUUUGCAACGCUGGGGCUUGGCUUUGGCUGGUAUGGCUACAGCAGGAGCUGGGCUUAGGAAAGCUCGUCGCAAACUGCAGCGGCGAGCCGUACCUGAAACUCUGGACUUUCUGCAGCAAGUGCACGCUCAAGCGUGGGAUCAUGGCAAUGCCAAUCCCAACGACUUUCUGGAGCAAGUGCAACAGUUUUGGCAACAUGCUCAUGGCAAUUCUGUGCCAGCAGCAGAUCUAGCUGCAGCGUUGCAGCAGUGGGCGGACAGCCUCUCCGAAGGCGCAGGUAAGCUUGCCCAUGAAAUCGUUCCUCCUGCUUAUGCAGCAGAAGUGGAAUUGGACCCCAAUACGACAUAUCUUUAUGGUUCUGAUGGAGCAGUCUUGGUGGACCCCAUGAACAACAAGCCGAUUACAGAUGACUGGUGGAACGGCUUCAUUGGAUUUCAGGCUGGUCUCAUCAAGGGCAUGGACCAGUUGCUGCGUGACAAUGGUGUUGAGCAAGCCUUCGGAUGGACCAUCGUCCUUUACACAGCCUUUAUCAAGCUCUUGUUCUUCCCCUUGACACAGGGACAGCUGAAGAGCACCUCGAUGAUGCAGCUGUUGAGUCCAAAGGUCAAGGAGAUCCAGGAGAAGUACAAGGACGAUCCAGAAGCUCAACAGCGAUUGUUGCAACAGCUCUAUUCUGUCAUGGAUGUCAACCCGCUUGGCGGUUGCCUUCCUGUUUUGCUCCAGCUCCCAAUCUUUUGGAGUUUGUACGGUGUUUGGCGCCGUUUGGCGGCUGAGAAGUUUCCUCACUACACGGAGGGAUGGCUUUGGGUACCGUCGCUCGCACAGCCAAACCCAGACUUUCAGUUCAAGUUCGACUGGCUGCUGCAGUGGAAAGAUGGGGCUCCUGAAAUGGGAUGGUCUGACUACCUCGCUUACCUAGUCUUUCCCGCACUUUUGGUUUCAAGCACCAUCAUUCAGCAACAGCAGGCCUCCACCAGUCGACCCCAAUCGGGCUCGGAGGAUGAACCGCAGAACGUGGUUCUGCAGGUGCUGCCCUGGAUCUCAGUAUACUUCAUUGGCAGCUUGUCUCUUGAACUUCCACAGGCCGUCUCAGUGUACUACUCCAUAAACACCGCUCUUUCAGUUGCACAAACACAAGUCG